UUAACUAUCUCACAAAUCCUUUCUCCUAUUAUUACCACUGACAGACACGAGGAUGACUUGGUGACCUCCUCCCCGGUCUUCCCCCUCUCCUCCCCCUUCUUAUAUAGUAUCAUUUUGUGUUCCUUGUCAGCCACGCCGCCUUUGUGCGAUGCAAUGACUACGAAAAGGGAAAUUUGAUCUUGUUGCGCCCCUGUUCUGCUGCUCCCCAGAGAUGCUUGGUAGGCAGCUUUGACGAGCGCAAGCUAGCCCGUGAAAGUCUGUCGCAUCCUCACGAAUAGCCCAUCUUCUUCUCCCCGUGUCGUGUCUGGUUGUUUUUGUUUAUUUUUUUUAUUACAAUUUUCUUUUUCCGCCAGAGGUAUCUCGCAAUGCCGGGGGAUAGCCAACCGUCCGCUGAUGUCACUCAUGCCGAAUUCCGUCAUGGUACUGCUUCACCGCAAAGUAAAUACCGACAUGCUUUGCGCGCCCCCGCUCUGGACGAACCCGCUCCGGUCCAAGGCAUUGGACAGGGCAGAAGCGACGGGCGCUCUCAAUCCAGACGUUCCGACCAUGAUCCUGAGGGUACCAUCACCCUUAAGAAACAGGGACGUCUGGUAGGGCCGGGGCUCAAACCGGUGAAGAGUCAAAUGUUCUACUUUGUCGAUUCCAACUCGUCCUCCCGAGAGAAGCGGGCGCAUGUGAUGCGUCACCACGUCCAAGAGAAACGAAAGCAGCGCAAGCAUUGCAAACACGGCGCGGAGGCUGAACAUCCCAUUCGGCCUUUACGAUGUCUGCCAUGGCAGCAGAAGAAAUUCGGUCUGGAUGCGGUAGACAGCGAGGACGUCGGGCCCGAGCAAGUCCAAGCGGAUCUCGAUGAUGAAUCUCUAGCUUCAUCUGGACCUUCGUCCCUCUCACCCCCGUCGCACCCAUCCAAGAAUCUCAACCUUGCAUCGCCUCUCACGAUGCUCGAUGCAUCAAGAAAAGAUCCUUUUCGCAGUCUGCCAAUGGAGUCGUCGCCGGAGAACGCCGUUUUAGUCGACUACUGGACAAACCGGCUGACGUACUGGUCGGGUCAGAACAAAUACAUCAAGGACCAGAUCUUUCGGUCGGCCAUGUGCCAUCCGUUAGCGUUUCAAGCAGUCAUCCUGUCUUACUGUUCCCGGUGGAGGUCGCAACUCCACCAAUUGGAGGACGGCGAUCACGUCCACAACCACCCCCGACAAGUGGUAACGGGCAUCGACAAAGUCAUGAGCGGGUCUCUACCAAUGGACGCAGACCACCUAGGAAUGACCCUGUCGGGUUUAGCAUUACAGGAAGAGCGCUUCGGCGACCGCCAAGUUUCAAGAGGCUACGAGGAUCAAGCCGUCCAAAUGCUGCGGUCCCGCGGGGGAUCCAGCAAAAUCCACGAAGUCAUCCUCCACUUCGUCCGGUACCUCCUUAUGCCAUUGGAAUCAUCCAUCAGCCCCGAAGGCCAGCAAUGGCUGGGCACAUUCCUCCGCGGCGCCGAACAACUAAUGUCCGCCCAAAGCUCAGACGCAUACCUCACAUCCGUCCCGCAGCGGCGGGCCGCAUUCGGCAUGGACAGCCCGCUCUUCCCGCUCCUCUCCAGCGGACCCCACCCAUCCCAAGUCCCGCUCGACUCCCGCGUCUACGUCGUCCAGGGCGUGCCCACCCAGGAGGUGAUGCGCACUGCCGCCCUAAUCUACAUCACGGCCGCGCUGUGGGACUUCCAAGACCACCCGGGCAAAACGGCGCGCUUCCUCGACCACAUCCAGAAGGCGGCCAAGUCGCACGGCCUCGACCGCACGCCCGCCUGCGAGACCUUCAUCUGGCUGCUGCUGGAAGAGUCCUACGAGGCAGACCUCAAGGACCCCGAGCGCGGGUGGUCCACGGGCGAGCUGCUGAAGGUGCACAAGCAGCUUCGUCCGGAUUUGCAGUUCCAUUUCAACGAGAUCCUGUUUAGCUUUCUGGCUCUGACGCCGCCGAUUCGCGGGAUUGACGCGUUCGAGAGCGAGUUGUGUGCGUCUUCGGGGCCGGAUGACCCCGAUGAUGUUUGAUACCCUACCUACCCUUCUGGCUUGUGUUGAGCGUUUUGAAUGUAUUUGGAUUUGUAUAUAGAUUUUGCAAUUGAUAUUUUAGCGACUUGCAG